UCAUUGCCUGGACAGCUUGUCUUCAACUUAGGAAGCAAGACCUCAUUAAUCAUGAAGUUCAUCAUUCUUACUUGCCUUUUGGCUGUUGCUCUUGCAAAGCAGAGGAUGGAGCAAUAUAUCUCCAGUGAGGAGUCCAUGGAGAACUCUCAAGAAAACUUUAGACAGAAUAUGGAUGUGGUCUCUUUUCCCAGUCAGGAAACUGUAGAGAACAUUCACAUUCCCCAAAUGGAAUCUGUUGAAGCUCCCAUAAAGGUAUCUGACAUCAUUUCCCAGCAACAAUACAACCAGAAAAUGAUGGACAUGAGUGUAAGUGCCAGAGAGAAAACUGGUAUGACUGAAGAAAAUAAGAACAUCCAAGACUACAUGAACAAAAUGAAACGAUACAGCAGGAUCCCCUGGCCACAGAUUGUAAAGCUUUUCCAUCAAUACCAGAAAACCAUGAACCUGUGGAGCCAUUACCCAUAUACCCCCAGCCAGGUUUGAGUCGAAAAUCCACAUCUCCAUUUUCUUUUCUGCUAUAAUUACUUCUCAGUACCAACAUAUUGGGACAGAUGUAUAAAUGAUACAGAAGUGGUGAACCAAAGGAAUGCUCUAAAACAGUUCCAGAGUGUCUUUUAGUAUUGUAAAUUUCCAUUGAAUGUGUUAGAUCUGCAUGUGGGUUUCAUCUCUGCAGGGUUGAUGACUAUUGAGACUGUCUUUACUUCUGUUCGCAUGUCACUGAACCACAUCCUUUUCAAAAAAUAAAACUUCAAGUG